AUGCUUGCAGGGUUUGCAAUAUCAAAUCAUGUAAUUGCCAUCCGCACAGCGGCCUCUCCCAUGGACUGUGCUAUGGAAUGUGCUGCUGUGGAAGAUUGUUUAUCGUAUAACUUUAAUAAUUCCAAAAAUAUUGAAAACGACUGUCAGCUUAAUAACGCCACUAAAGAUUCUUCGCUUCCAUCAGACUAUGGAGAGGCCGAAGGACUCGUCUAUUAUCAAGCCAAUUUAGUGGUAAAUAAUACACUUACCGUGAAGGGGUAUGGGGCAGCCACAGUAAAAACUCACACGUUAAAGAAUCUAAGCCUCACAUGUUCUUACACAGACAAUCUUUUUUACAAUUUUACCAGUAUGGUAAGAUAUCUUAAACGUUUUUUUUCUUUUUUUUUUUUUGGAAAAAAAAAAGCAUUUAAAGCUUUGGUAAUUUUAAAGCUAGGUUCGUGGCUUAUCCGUAUAAAAUUUCGCUCUUCUGCACAGAUCGAAACCCGGGCACAAGCUAUUUUAUUCAAGACUGUUAAAUCUGUGCCUUGAUUCAUCGAAGUUCAACGAUUAAAAAUAAAAUUACAUUAAUUUUAGUGUACUGUACUCUAAACUGAAUGUUUUAGUACUGAAAGUUGAAGGUUUUAAGAACAAAGUACAGGAAAACCCUUAUGCGAUUCUGACCAAGCUUGAUGGCUCUUUCUGCAGGGCUGUCGGCUUUCUCCUUGUAAGAACCUCGCCCGGUGUAGGGAAAGUUGUUCAGCGGAUUCAAAUUACUUUUGCGAUUGCACUGUAGAAGGAACAUACGGCGACCACUGUGAACUCUGGACAGGUUGA